UUUUCCGUUACAAAACCCCACUAAACAAGUGUGAACGAGUCGAAGGUUCUCUCUACCCACAAAAAAAACACUACAACUUGUUCAUUCAUGUAGCUUCUUCCUUCCACUAUAGUUUUCCCUUGGAGAAAAAAAUCAAGAAUUCAUUAUCGUACUGUGUGCUGAAUUUACUUCUUCAACUGCUACAAGGUUAAUUUUCUUCAUCACAAGAUGAACUUUGUAAUCAUGAUCACAGCAGUUUUCUUGUGGAGCAUUUUAUCGAACACAGCAAGUGCACAGAAUAGCACAAACUGUUUGAAACGUUGUGGAGAUGAAAUUGUUCAAUAUCCUUUUGGAUUCUCUGAAGGUUGUGGAAUCAAAUUGGACUGUUAUGAUAACAUGCCUCGAAUUGGUGAGUUUCUGAUUCAGAAUGUAACUGAAAAGAGUUUGUUAAUCUACCUUCCUGCGAAAUGCAACCGGAGUAUGGAAUCUAUUCGACCGCUUUUCAGCAAGAAUUUUGCUCCAACGAGGAAUAAUAGUUUUCUAGUUCAAGGUUGUUUUGCUUCGCUUGGUGGAUGUGUGAUUCCGGCUUCGAGUUUUGUUGGAAAUCAGAUUGAAGUUGAAAGCUGUGAUAGUAAAAGUAGUAAUAUAAGCUGUUUUAAUCAACAAGACGGAGAGGUUGAUGUUUUGAGUUAUGGGGAAUUGAAUAGAACUAAGUGUAACUAUUUGUUCUCAGCUGUUUCUGUUGAACAGAAUAAAGAGAUUUCUUUGCAGUUUCAAGCGGUUGAAUUAGGGUGGUGGGUUCAAGGUUCUUGUGAUUGUUCUAACAAUGCUACAUGUUCGGAGGUGCAUCUAGAAGGAAAUGGUUCUGGAUAUCGGUGUCAGUGUUUGAAUGGUUUCCGGGGAGAUGGAUUUGCCAAAGGCACCGGUUGCCGGAGAGCUCCAAGUUGCAGUGCUUCAACACUAACAUCCGGAGGAUGCGGGAGUGCAACCAAAAUCGGUGUUGCUGUCGGAGUGAUCGUAACUGGAGUUGUGAUCGUGGCUGCCCUCAUUCUUUUAUGCUACUGUGCUAGGCGCCGUUUUACUUGGUUGAGAAAGCAUACCAGAGUAAAGCGCCUACUACGUGAAGCUGCAGGAAACUCUAUUGUGCCUCUCUACACUUACAAAGAUAUAGAAAAGGCCACAAAUUCUUUCUCGGAUAAACAGACACUAGGAACCGGGGCUUUCGGCACAGUCUACGCUGGAAAACUUCACAAUGAUGAGUUUGUUGCAAUCAAGAAGAUAAGACAUAGAGACACUAACAGUGUUGAUCAAGUAAUGAAUGAGAUCAAGCUCCUUUCUUCGGUGAGUCACCCAAAUUUGGUUCGCCUCCUAGGUUGCUGCAUUGAAGAGGGAGAGCAGAUACUUGUUUAUGAAUAUAUGCCAAAUGGAACACUGUCUCAGCAUUUGCAAAGAGAGAGAGGUAAAGGUCUUCCGUGGACGAUACGACUCACCAUUGCUUCUGAAACUGCUAAUGCUAUAGCUUAUCUCCAUUCUGCAAUUCAUCCACCAAUUUACCACAGAGACAUAAAAUCCAGUAAUAUACUACUGGAUUAUAACUACAAAUCUAAAGUAGCUGAUUUUGGGCUUUCUAGGCUUGGUAUGAUAGAGACAUCACAUAUUUCAACUGCUCCACAAGGGACUCCAGGUUAUGUGGAUCCUCAAUACCACCAGAACUUCCACCUUUCUGAUAAAAGUGACGUGUACAGCUUUGGAGUGGUUUUGGUAGAGAUUAUAACUGCCAUGAAAGUGGUUGAUUUUGGUAGACCUCAGAGUGAGAUUAAUUUAGCUGCACUUGCUGUUGAUAGGAUUAGGAGGGGUUCUAUAGAUGAGAUUGUAGAUCCCUUCAUUGAACCAAAUAGAGAUGCUUGGACUCUAUAUUCCAUUCAUAAGGUGGCUGAGCUUGCAUUUAGAUGUCUUGCUUUUCAUAGUGACACAAGGCCGACAAUGAUGGAAGUGGCAGAAGAGCUGGAGUACAUCAGACGCCGAGCAUGGACAACUAUGGAGGAAGCUAUAUGCUUGGGUUCAUCGGUUGGGUCUGCCGGUUCAUCCCCUCGUGAUGGAAGUGAGAAGUCGGUGAGUGGUAUUAAGUUGAAUAAAGUAGGACAAGAAAGUGAGGGAUUGAUUGUUCCACCCAAGAAUGAAAACUUGCUGCACUCUAUGGAAUUGGAGGUGAAAGACAGUUCCCCUGUAUCAGUGCAUAAUCCGUGGUCGAGUGGAAAUAGCUCGCCUUCAACAAACAGCUUGUUGGGAAAUAUCGUUCGGUGACAUGAGCCGCCAACGAUGUGAAUAAUACUUGAGGCAUAUACAUAGAAGUUUUCUAUGCUUUUUCAGCAGUCAUUGAUGUUUUUAUAUGUGAUUAAGGUUCUGGCUUACUAACAACUUCCGAAAGCUUGUAUGCAAAAAUAAUCAGCAAUAGAUAUACAAAACUUUCUAUGCAGACAAGAUGUAAACUAUGAAUAGUUACUAUUGUAUAUUAUGACUCGAAAAGACCGACAAAUUUAGGCUACAUUAUUUUAUUAACAAGCACAGCUAAAGAUAGAAAUGUGCAAAUUCAGAGGAGUUUUGAUGUAUCAGUAGUCUAAGUAAUGCCUAAGAAAGGCAGCACUUGACAGUUUACACUAUAUGAUUAUACAUGUCUAUCCAUUCUUCAA